CUGGCACUAACGCCGGAACGCGUCUGUUAUUGUUGCAUUCGGGCGUCAGUUGUCUGGUAUUCCUUCUUCUGUCUACCGUAAUUGGCGCUGUGAUUGUGUCGUAUUUCUCACAGCGACAGACUUCGAACUGGUAAAAGCAACUAAUAUAUUAGAAAAUGUUAGAUUCAACUUAUAUAAUGCUCAUUCCCCCAAACCCGUCGCCGCGUGGGACCAUUGAAAUGAUGAAAAUGGAAGAUUUUUUCGACUCUGUGAAGGAAAUGAAUUAUAUGACCAAAAAAUCAGGAGUACACUGUUACACACAGACCACUUAUGUGGGGAAAAAGAACGCUGGCAAUGAUCCAAUAAAAAUGAGAACCAGAGAAGCAAAGACACAGACGAAAAGAAAAGUGAAAGAUGUCUCGUGUAACGCUGUAGCUAGGACUAGUGACUCUGCAACCAUGCCUGCAUCAAUUCCAACAGUAAAAGAGAUAGGCGUCAACACAGCACCUGUUAAACGUUCGAGUAUUGUGUUGCCAGUUCGAAGAACUUCUACCGCAACCUCCGGGCCUGAGCAUUUCACGCAUAAUACUUCAAAAACGAACAAAAUAUCAUAUGAAAGCUAUAUAAAGAUGAGACGAGAAUCAUCAGAGGCCACUGACGAUAAUAUGAAGACUUCGCCUAGGAAAUCUGGCUUCGCUGAAUUCCAGGAACAAAUGGAUUAUCUCGGUUCUCAUUUGGAGAGAUUGAAGAAUUUGAUGAAAUCUGUUUCCGAUGAUGUAGGAAGGCUUAAGGCUUCCAGCAUGUCAGGACUAGUAACAUUAACAGAAAAGUAUGCCGAUCAUAUUUUGCAACUCAACAAGAAAUUUGCCACUGAAAGUCCAUCUCAUGUCAUGGCCCAAGAUAAAAUUGUCAUGGCAGCCAUUUUUGAAGACCAUUCAUUUUGGCACUUGACGUUUAGUCGGAGUUGUCGCGCUAAAAGCAGGAGUCCUAGCAAUGAUCGCGAACGGAAAAACAGUGUGAUUGAAAAAUAUAAAAGUCCUGCCAAAACAGGGAAAGAAAAUACAAUGAAGCGUCGCAUUGAUAUUCCUACCGGAGUAGCCUGCCCAAACGUGCGUGACUGUCGAGACGACUCGACCGGGAGAUCGACAAAACGAAGACGUUUUGCAGAAACCAGGGAAUCCGUCCGACACAACGAAAACUUUGUUAGAUCACCAAGGCGAUGUAGAACACCUCCAACACGCCGCGAAGAAAAUCGUCCCGAAAGACCAAAGACUGCUCAUCAUUCGAGUAGUAACAUUUUUCGGUCCGAAAAAAACAGUCGUGCUUCAGGGCAAAAACCGCGAUAUUCGCAGCCGCCAUUUUACAGCAGGCGCAGCUCAAAAUCUCCAAGACCGUAUACUUCCCACAGAAGUAGAUCGCCAACUUCUAGGUCUAAACCAAAACGAAUAGAUGUUGAUGGAAUAACAUUGGACAGUCACAGAACAAAAGUUCCAGAUGCAUUUCGUCCUAAACCUUAUUGUCAUCCCAAAGCGGCUGUAUCAACUCCUAGAUCGCCCAGCCCCCUGGACGGCGCGACUACCUCAAAACCUUUGCUUCCGACACCUGAUACCCCACCGAUGACAGACAAGCAGGAAUCUACCUCGAAAACAGUCGGAGAUCCUAUAACAGAACAGGCGCAACCUCAUCCCUCUUCUCCUGCGAUAGGUGCGCAGAAGGUUUACCCAAAGACUUCCACACUCAAAGAAUCUUUGAUAAAUAGUCCUCAGAAAUUGACUGAUAAAACAACGGAGCCACCUGCUUCACAAGAGACAUUGGAUUCUGUAGACAUCCCAACUAUUGUAAUUCCAGACUCGCCUGGAGAUUCUCAAGGGACUGAUGAUCCGCAAUGCGACUCACAUUUAUGUAAUUCAGAGCCUGGAUGUUCUCAAGUGACCGCUGAUCCGCAAAACGACUCUCAUUCAUGUAUUUCAGAGCCUGGGUGUUCUCAAGUGAAUGAUGAUCCGCAAAAAGACUCACAUUUAUGUAUUUCAGAGCAACCAAAAGUACCACCGUCGCCAAUUAAAGCUCCGGAGUCUUCAUCACUUGAACCAUCGCGUGAUUCUACAACUAAGGCGAAGGCUGUUUCAAAGACACGUCCCAACAUGAAAAAACGAAAUAAUCAACUACAGCGUCGACAACAUUUUGGUCCUAAUCACAAUGCAAAUUUCUCACGUAUUUCGACCCAAAUUACUUCACGAAACGAUUAUCACUCUUACCCAUUUCCUCAUCCGAUGCAUGGUGGUAUGAUGAGUCGAAGCACGAGGGGUUACUACCCUCCAAAUAUGACGAGUUUUCUAUCAGAUCAAUAUUACAUGCAACGAUAUAAUAAUAGGCAAGCAUAUUGGGCUCAGGAUUACUCAGCUGAUGUGAUGUGAUCGUAAAUUUCAACACGGCCUUAACUUAUUUGCCAUUCUUUUGGUAACCUAUAGCCGAAUGCAAUACAAAUUAAAACACAAAUCUGAAAAUGCUCUUUAUCUUAAAACAUAUACCUAAUCCAAAAUAGAUGUGCACAUCAUUAAUAAUAUUUAGAUAUUUAUUUAAUUCGAUAUUUUUAUUUAAAUAUUUUUAUUUGUUAUGUUCCUUUACCUGAAUAUUAGUGAAAGUCUUAUUUCGCAAAUUACUUUAUUUUUGAUUUGUCUUAAAAGUUAGUACAUUUCUAUCAUAAUCAACAAGCACGAUUGCCUUAAUUGCGACCAUGUUGCAUUCCAUAAGUUAUAUGGUGCGACCUUUUGAUAAGGUACUAACAUACUAUUUUAUUUAUUUCACCGACCCUUUACAGGAGGCAAAGUGAUGCAUUCGUAUUCGGCUAAAACUUAAAAUUUUCCAAUAUUUCGUUAAAUCAGCCAAAUCAAGAACCGAAGGUUAUUUUAUUUAAUAUAUUUAUUUUGUUCAAUAAUUUAUACAUAUUAUGUUCUUGUUUUAAUAGAGGUGAGGGCGUAAUCAA